GUGUGUCUGUAAAUUUUCAAUCUCAUCCAGAGUAGUCUCCCCCUUACUGAACGAAUAUGGCUGAGAAGAGUUCGUCUGCUGCUACUGUUGGAGGUGUUGAUAAAAUCGCCCACCCCCGGGUGCGGGGUGUGGAUAUCCUUCGAGACCCUUUACUGAACAAGGAAAUGGGUUUUACACUAAGAGAAAGGCAGAUCUUGGGUAUUCAUGGUUUGGUCCCUCCGGCUAUUAGGACCCAGGAGGAACAGUCCCACAAUGUCCUGCUGAACUUUAACCGCUGGGACAAUGACUUGGACAAGUACAUAUAUCUGAUGGGCCUACAGGACAGAAAUGAAAAACUUUUCUACAGAGUUGUCACAGACAAUGUGGAGAAAAUGAUGCCAAUUAUUUACACACCAACUGUUGGGCAGGCUUGUUUGAAAUACGGGCUCAUCUUCCGAAAACCCAGGGGCCUCUACAUCACAAUUUAUGACAAGGGACACAUAUUUGAUAUUCUAUGUAACUGGACCAUAGACGAUGUGAAGGCUAUAGUUGUGACAGAUGGAGAGAGGAUUUUAGGAUUAGGAGACCUAGGAUGUUAUGGGAUGGGGAUCCCAGUGGGGAAACUUUCCCUGUACACGGCACUGGCCGGGAUACAGCCUCAUCAGUGCCUCCCGAUACUACUGGACGUGGGGACCAAUAACAAGGCAUUACUUGAUGAUCCCCUGUACACUGGUCUGAGACAACCCCGUGUUCAAGGGAAAGAGUAUGAUGAUUUUAUUGAUGAAUUCAUGAUGGCUUGUGUUAAAAGGUAUUCAAAGGAAGUUCUAGUUCAGUUCGAAGACUUUGGAAAUCACAAUGCCUUUAGAUUUCUAGAGAAAUACAGGAAUGACUACUGUACCUUCAAUGAUGAUAUUCAAGGAACUGCAGCAGUGGCGGUGGCAGGAAUUUUAGCCAGUCUGAAGAUCACAAAGCGACCCCUGAUAGACAAUGUGUUUGUGUUCCAGGGUGCCGGGGAGGCUUCUAUUGGCAUUGCUUCCUUGUUGGUUAUGGCGAUGGCAGAAACUGGCAUUUCAGAGAGCGAGGCCAUCAAAAGAGUGUGGAUGGUGGACUCGAGAGGGCUGAUUGUCAAGAAUCGUCCAUCAGGGGGAGUUACUGGCCCUAAAGUCAGAUUUGCACGAGACCACGCUCCCAUAGAUAAAUUGAUAGAUGUAAUCAAAAAGGUCAAACCUACAGCUAUCAUAGGUGCUGCAGCGGUAGCUGGUGCCUUUACAGAGGAAAUUCUGACUCUCAUGGCCAAUAACAAUGAGAGGCCCAUUGUGUUCGCCCUUAGUAAUCCAACCAGCAAAGCGGAAUGUACAGCAGAGCAAGCUUAUAAUGUCACCAAGGGGAAAUGUGUGUUUGCUAGCGGCAGUCCUUUCCCACCUGUGACAGUCAAUGGUAAAACUUUUCAUCCUGGUCAAGGCAACAAUGCGUACAUAUUCCCUGGUAUCGCCCUGGCUACCAUUCUGUGUGAUAUCAGGUCCAUCACUGAUGACGUUUUCUUAGAAUCGGCCAAGCUGUUGGCUGACAUGGUGGAUGACAAGAAUUUAGCCAUGGGCCUUGUGUAUCCUCCUCUCUCUCGAAUCCUCCAAGUCUCCACUGAUCUGGCCAUCGGGCUGAUGAAGUUUGCCUACAAACAUCAGCUGGCAUACCACUACCCAGAGCCUGAGGAGAAGAGGAAGUUUGUGGAGUCUUACCAAUAUGACAUGACCUACAAGAGUUUUGAGCCUGCAACCUAUGACUGGCCAGAUGGUCUGAAUUCUACAGAAUGUAAAAUAUAGAGGUGCACUGAUGUUGAGAAAUGUCAUAUGUUGUGAUGAAAAGUGUGUCAUCAGUUUUCUGAUGAAAUGGAUUGAUGAAUAUGGAUAGGUAUUAGAGUUAGACUUGUAUUUAUUUAGUUACAUGUAGAACAUUUUCCUUGGAUUUUAGAAAUUUAGAGAUAUGUGCAUGUAGGUGAUAUUUCAAUACCAAUAUACAUGUAGAUAUUAUUUGUGGGUUAAAAUUGUUGUCUGUUACCAAAUAUUGUAAAGUUAAAUGUAGUAUGACUCACAAACUUAUUUCAGGACUUGCUCGCCUUGAGUGUAUGUAAAUUGUUUGUGAACAUGAAUACAAAGUACUGCCACCAGGGUAUUAUGUGGACCAGUUUUCUUCAGUUGAACAUGUAAAUGGUGGGAGUUUGUUUUUCUAAAGUAAGGGAGAAAACUCAACAGCCCAGACUGGGUCUGGUCCAUUGCAUUUUCUCCCUUCUUGUUACAACAUUAAAAAUAGUAGAGUUUUUUCCAAGGAUUCUUAGUAAAGAAAGUAGUUAUUAGAAUAAAUAGCUAUCAUCUGUUCUAAUGUGCAAUAAGAGAGUACCAGUGAUAUUCUAAGAUCUGAUAUAUUUCAACACAAAAUGUGAUCAAAAUUUGUAGGUUAUUUUUAAUGUUAUUGUCUUGUCUUUUUUAAAAUCUACAUUGUAUUAUUGAAAAUGAAUUCCACAAGUUUUGUUGGAGAGAAUAAAUGUUGUUGAUGAAUCCCUUUUAAGAAAAUUACAUGUACAAGUUGUUUUCAGUUGAUGUUUGUUGUCUGUAGGUAUGAACACUUCGCCACAUUCCUAUGGCACGUGCUAGCAUAUUCUCAGGUGCUCAGUUUUAAAGAUGUCUAUUUCUAUGAUAUUGGUCUUCGUUUUCAGGAUCUUGAAUAUUUCAUCUGAUGUUUAUUAUAAAAUUAUUUUAUAAAAUUACUUUUUAAAUUUAACAGAGUGUUCACUUAAUAUAUAUCUAUAUAUUUAUAUAUACCAAUGUUUUGUGUUUAUAUUCAUAAAGCAAUGCUGUUUCAAUGUAUUUUAUUAGGGCCCCACCAUAUGGGCAUUUAUUGAUAUAAAAACCAAUUCAUGACAAAAUAUGAAUAUUAGGAGUAACUGACAGGGAUAAAAGCAAUGAAAGUACGAGGUGGUUUUUGUAUACUGUAUAGGGGGAAAAUAAAUCGUGGUGGAAAUUUUCGCUAUAUUCGCAGUCUAGACAAAUCCGUGAAUUUAAGAAACUAUAUAUUUUUCUUUUUCUUUGAUACACAAUGUGUUUAAAAGGGGAGGGGGUAUAUAGUGAUUUCAAUCCGAGAAUUUAUGAACCCGCGAAUGUGUCUAAAGUGAAAAAAAAACUGCGAACAUUACAACCCGUGAAAUUAUUCCCCUAUGCAGUGCUAAUCAUCCCAUGUUUACAUUAUUUAUAUACCCUACAGUGUAAAUGACCUAUGCAUUUUAUUCCUGUCAAAUUAAAAUCUCUGGAGUUUUGGAUGGUAUAUGAUGUAUUUCAGCAAAAUAAACUAGUUUAGUUCCAGAGA